GCAAACAGCAGUCUGUUUUGUCACUGCCAUUGCAGACCAAACAUUUGAUAGCACUGGAAAAGAAUUUGUGGUAGCGUUCUUCAAAGACCUUGACCUGAACAAAUUCGACGCCUACAUCUUAAUGGCAUCUGUAAAUGCCGAGAACACCACGGCUAUUGUAAAGUACGACCACCACUCUCUGCUACGGCCGUCCAAUCUCCAGCUUACCCCAGGAAAGGUAGAACAGUUAACUUUGCAGGAACAGUAUGGGCCAAACCAGAGUAUUAAGAUGGCGUUUCCGGUUCUACGGAUUAAUGCUUCACAUCCGGUGACAGUCACAGCUAUCGUGGAAGGUCCAAUGUCAGCUGCUUCCUAUCUUGUGUAUCCAGAAAAUGUCGCUGGUGAGGUAUACAGAAUGAUGCCUUUCUGCAAUAAGACGAUAGAUGGUUUAUGCAUCUGUGUCAUUAUAACAUUGAAGGAGAAUACCACAAUUAUGCUUGAAAAUGAAAAUAACGGCAACAUAUCUGUGUACACACAAAAACACGCGGUAGGUGAAGAAACAAUUGACUAUCUGUCGAUGCCACACAGUAAAAUUAACUUCAUGAACAGGAAAAAACACAGUUAUAUUUCGUUAGAAAGCCAUGAUGAUUUUACUGGGCUCUUAUUGCAAGCCAACUGUCCAGUGGUUGUGUUCUGUGGUGGAAGAAAACAAGAUGCUACGAUGUCAAUGGAACAAAUACUUCCUAUCGAAUACUUUGGUCAGAACUAUUAUGCAUUUCCUUUUGAUCACAAUGCUGUGGCAACACCAAAACUCAGGUUCAUAGCACACUAUAACUGCACCACAAUUUCACUUGAUCAUCAAGAUAGUUGGAAACGACACGCAGGGGAAACUUUGGAACUUUCAAUAAACAAAUCUGCUCCAUUCAAGUUUUUCGCUAAUAAACCAGUAGCAUUAAUUCAAAUCUUUUCUGGACCUUCUCCAAGUCGAAAGGAUCAGAACAAUUAUGAAGAAGGUUUGUUGCUGCUACCCGCAAUGGAACAAUAUGUGUCAGCUGUGGUUAUUCCUCGACGUAAGAAAAAGGACAAAUCUGCGACUAGCAGAAUGAAAAUGCUUGUAGGGCUUGUGUCUGAUGUUAGUUAUAAUUUUCAGACACAAAUAGGAAACACGUCAAGAAAGACAAUCAGUAGGGACAUUGUUUGGGAGUCUGACGACGACGGGAGGUUGUUAAAACUCGCACAGAAUGGAUGUAGCAAUGGAAAUACUUUUGGUGCGUACACGUAUCGGCGAGCCGGAAACGACGCGUCAUUCAGCAUCGUUGGUUUUAAGUUUUUCAAAAGAAAAAAUGAAAACCGUCGAUAUUUUGGUGAAACCUGUAUUAAUACACAAGAAGAGGAAAAUGUUCCAAUUGACACUAAAAAUACAAUGCCUACAACAGAUACACCGAGUUCUACAGAGAUUCGUCAAACCAAUACCGAGAAAUACAUCAUAGAGGAUAAUAACAAAGAAACAAGCACCAGGGGAAGUGCGGAAAUUUCCUCUAACAAAAUAAGGAGAGGAACAGCAAUAUCGAUUGAACCCAAUGUUUUUCAAAACACAUGUCCACCAUGUCAGUCGAAGCCUAAAACCGAUGCCACCAUACAGACAGAGGAAGAAAUCGAGGAGAAAAUCAAAGAGAUUAAAAAAACUCUCACAAUAAACAAACAUGAUCUCUCCUCUUACAGACGGAAGAAAAUCAGCGCAGAUGAUACCCGAUCAUCUGCAAAAGGCAUUGGAUUACUUGGAGCAUGCAUCCUUUGCGCCUUCGUCUCCUUCAUUUUCAUUAUGGAUUUUAAAACACUUGCACACCAGGGAUCCGCUUUGUGGAGGAAACUUUUUGGUCCGAAUCCUUGCUUUGUCCGUGAACGACUGCGCAUGCGUAGAGGAAGACCGUGAUAUAUACUUAAACAUGAAACUAAAAAAAAAAACACCACUCAUUACUCUUAACGCUUAGUACUAAGUUAAUCCAAAUAAUGUAAUAUAAGGAAAUUAUAAAA